AUGCGGCUCUUACUGGCUCUAUUUCUACUGGUAACUGCAGUUGCAGCUGCCCCAAAUCAUGACUCUGCAUUCCAAAACUUGCCGAAUUACUACCCGGAACUAAAGCAUCAAGAACCUAUUCAUAUCAGAGCCAAGAGAGCAAUUUUUGCUGCUAUCGGGAUCUCAAACACUUGUGAAGAUGGAUGGACUGGAGAUGGUUGCAAAAACCCAAUUUGUACUGACCCAAGACCUGCUCCUUCUUCCGGACAAUCUGAACUUAUUGAGCUGCUGUUCUUGAAAGGAAGCUGUGCUGGAUCAUACUACAUCCCGGUUGAUUCAGAUGUUGGAAAGACAACUCAAACUAUCCAAAUCCAUGUUUCCGCUUCUGGAGUUCCAUAUGUGAACCUCACUGAUUCCAAAGGAAUGGUCUUUACUCCAACGUAUACUAACAAUGGUGAUGGAUAUGCUCUGACAGUCUUCGGCGAUCUUCCAUCUGGUGGAUACUCCUUGACCGUCGACAACCAGAAUGUUCCAACCACUGAAUGUAUCAUCGAAGUUAACGCUGGUACUUCUCUCAAAGUUUCCCAAGGAUUUGUGUACUCUCCACAAUCCGAUUAUACUCCACAGGGAGAAUCUGGUAUUGAUGGAGUUCCAAUGUAUGCUGUGGUUCACAUUGCUAGUCAACAAGCUCCAGCUCAAGUUCACUCGAUCACUAUCCGUCAAGGAAACUCUCUCGAACCAAUCUAUCGUGCCGCUCUUACAAGAAGAUAUCAAUGCGGAUAUGAAUUCUAUGCCGGACAGUGGCAAUGUCAACUCAAAAACUCUUAUUAUUACCAUAUUGAUGGAGUGGACUCAAACGGAUUUAACUUCAGAAGAACCGGAAGAAUUCAAUGCAUGGAACACCUCACUUCACCCGUGCCUCCAACCACAACACAAGCCCCAUUGACUAGUUGUUUCAACAACGGAACCCUCCUGAACGUUGCCGAUCAAGGACAAACUUGCUUCUGUCCAGAGCUUUUCUCUGGAAGACAAUGUGAAAGUGUCAACUGUAUGAACGCCGGAUUCCCAGAUCCAGACAUGAAUGAAUGUGUGUGCGCUGCUGGAUAUCACGGAACCAACUGCCAAGAUGUCACUUGUCCAUUAAACUGGGAGUCUUUCCUUACCAACUACAAGACGUUGGUCGUUGUCAUCAGAAACACCGUUUCCAUGAACAAAUAUUUGGAUGCUAUCUCUACAGCCAUCUACAAGGAGCUCACUAGCCAAGCAGGAAACAACUAUGAAGUCUACAAAGGAUUCGUUCUUGUCAAGUUCGGAAACGGAGUCUACACCAACACCUACUACCCAGCAUAUUCUCAAGAUAAACUGCUUAGUGACAUCAAAAUUGCCUCAACAACUGUUGGCCAGUGCUCGGAUGCCACUUUUGAUUCUAUUGCUUCUAUCUUUACUGAGGUCGCAAUCUACCAGAAGUCUCCCAUCUAUUUCUUCACUGACGCUAUUGCCAGCGAUGUUGAAAAAUGGCAGACCGUUAUUGAAAUGAACACCCGUCAAAAGUUCCCGAUUUACACUCAUUACUUCGUUCAAGACAACUGUGGAUUUGAUGAUAUGAGUCAAGGAUUCCAAGCAAUUGAGUACGCUUCCUAUUACAGUGGUGGUCUCAUUCUUCAACCAACUCCAGACGCAUUGGAAUUUAUUUUCCAAAACGUCAUCAAGGCUACUGCUUAUAAGAUGAACUCAGUUCUUAUCGAUGAUCUUGCAAGCUGCUCUACUCCAACCAGAGUGUUUUUCGUUGACUCUUCGACAACUGAACUUAUGAUUCUUGCUAUCGGACAGUCUUUGACGGUUUCCGUCACUGAUCCAAAUGGAAACACAAACACCGCUUUGAAGAUUGUUGACAGUGGAACAACUCAAUUGUAUGAGAUUUCUAAUCCAGUCAUCGGAGAACACUUGAUCACUGUUGUGUCCAAUGUUCAAAACACGCCGUGUUCCUACCGCGUGCAAGCUCGUUCCGAGUAUGACCUCUUCAUUGGAACCAGUACCGGAGUCAAUGACGAUGCCAGUGAUUCUGAACCAGUCGUCGGUCAAUCCACCCACAUUGUUGCUCAACUCACUGGACUGAAGGGAAAGGUUGCUGAUCCAUUCCGUCUUUUCUCUGAAAUCUCAAUCACUAGCAACGUGAAUUUGGAUAACACCUACCAGAAGCCAAUGUACUAUUCCAGUGGAAAGUACCGUGAUGGAUGUGGAUUCCAUAUGUAUUUUGGAGCAGCCAGUUUCUGUGACUUCAUUUCACAACCAUUCUAUGCUACAGUCUAUGCUGAUGAUGGAAAUGGAUACACUAUUCAGAGAACUACUACCGGAUUCUGUUCAGGAACUCCAACUACUCCGUACCCACCAAACAGUUGCCAGAACGGAGGAGUGACCGAUCCAACUAAUAACGCUACCUGCAUCUGUCCACCAGGAUUCUACGGAAAAUACUGCGAGAACAUUCAAUGUACGAAUGGAGGAACUGCCAGAGGAGGACAAUGUGUUUGCCCAGUCGGAACUGCUGGAACGUUCUGCGAACAAUAUAUGUGCACUACGAUAAACAACAACCCAGAUGUUUCCUUCGAUGGACAGUCGAUUGCCUUCGUCAUCUCUACCAGAUCCACCAUGAAGGACUCUGUUGCCAAGAUUGCAGCAAAUGUGCAAACCAUGACUCGUGAUAUGCAAAUAGCAUCUGACAAAUGGAUCAACACAUGGAUCCUUAUUGCUGUCAACUCGAAUACUUCAAGCCUCCUUGUCAAAUCCAACAGACCCGAAGAUUUUGUAGCCGGAGUAGUCAAUCUUUCCGCAAACUUCUCCAAUUACGCAGCAGACGAGACUUCCUGCCAAAUUCAAAUAGAACAAGCCAUGCUUGGAGCCGCUCUUCUCUCCGAAAAACGAUCAUCUGUUUGGAUAUUCGCUGAUUCUGAUGGUCCAAAUGACUCAUCUUACAUUCAACUGUUCGAUGUUGCUCAAGAAUACCAAAUUGUUCUAAAUCUUGUCGGUGUCGGAUCAUCCAUCUGUACUGCCGCUGAAAACAAUGGACAGUUCCCAUACUACCUCAAGAGCCUAACUGAAACAACUCUAGGAUCAGUUUACAUGACUGAUAAACUCGACCAAGUCAUGUUGUUCAUUGUCAGCAUGUACAAGUCAGCAGUGUCUCACAGAUACUAUGUUCCUGAUUGUACCAAGGCUACAUCCUACUACAUGCCAGUUGAUGGAUGGACUCAAUCUCUCACUCUUUCUGUUAUUGGAUCUGAUCUCUACAAUGUUGAAGUCAUGUUCCCAGAUGGAACUAAAGGACAGAACUCUGAUUAUGAACUUGUUUCCAUUAAUGAUCCAGAACUGAAAUUGAACCAAUACGUCGCUGCUUGCGAAGGAUCAUUCUGGAACCAUCAACAACAAAACUGUUUCGAGUUCACCGCUACUAAAUAUGCUUGGCUCGACGGUUGGGACUUCUGUCACUCUCAAAAGGCUUAUUUGAUUCACAUCGAUAAUGCUGAUGUCAACAAAUUCGUUUUUUCACAAGUUAAUGGUUAUCGUGCUUGGAUCGGACUUGCAUUCAAUGCUGGACAAUGGUAUUGGGAUGUUCCUGAUGGAAACUUUCCUCAGCCAUUGACUGGAUACACCAACUGGGCUCCAGAUGUUGAUCCCGCUAAUCCAAAAUACAAUCACGCUGUAAUGAAUUCUAACGGAUUUUGGGAGCCAGCUGAUCCAAAUGAGGAGAACUUCGGAGCUUGCAUGAAGCACAGAUAUGGACAAGGAUACUAUCCUGGAGAAGGAGUCAACAUUGUCCCCGCCGGUCUCUGGAAGGUAACUGUUCAAUCCAACUCCGGAAGUUGCGAGAUUCAAGCUCGUUCUCAAUCUGACAUUCAAGUAUUCUUUGGAUUUGUUACUGAUCCAAGAAACGACAAGCCAAGCACCUAUGCCAACAUUCAAUCAAGCAACAACUACCUUAUUGCUUAUCCAACUGGAGUUCUUCCAUACACCCCAGACACCAAACCAUCAAUGGAAGGAAAACUGAACUACGCUGUUCUUUCUAGCAACAGAACUAUCACAAACUCAUUGCCACUCGGAAACAGAGUUUGUACUUAUGCUACCAUUUCAGCACCAUUCAGUUGUCCAGUAACCGACGGAUCUAUCUCAGAGUUCUCUAUUAAGUUCACUGGUAUUGAUCAAUACGGUUAUGCAUUCGAACGUUAUGGUGAUGCACUUUGCACCAAGACUGUCAUCAGUUGUGCUAAUGGUGGAUUUGUAAACAACGGAGUUUGUGUCUGUCGUGCCGGAUGGGUUGGAACCACUUGCAGUACUCCAGUCUGUCAAAAUGGAGGAAUUGAGAAGAAUGGUGCCUGUGAUUGUUCCUCUGUUCCACAGUUCACUGGACAAUUCUGUCAACUUGCUCAUUGUGAACCACCAUACCCAACAUCAUUCAAUGACAAGGGAAGAACACUUGCCAUUGUUCUUGAGACUUCCUACAACAUGGGAUCAUCCAUCUUCCAGUUGAAGAGGAAUUUGAAGGCUUCAUUGGACAGCAUCAACAACGACGCAACUCUUCAAGGAUGGUUCAACAACUUUGUUCUCUAUCCAUUCGAUUCUACCAGCAAUCAAGCUUCCUGGUAUCCACCAACUAUUUCCCGUAACUCCGAUGACAUUGUUGCUGCUGUCAAAAACAUUAGUACCAUGUCUUGCCCUGGAAGUGCACCAUGCUCAUCGCAGUGUCCACGCCCAAUCGUCAGUGUUCUCAAGAACGUUCUUGACAUGGAUGCUCUUGCUUCACCCAACUCUGUCAUUCUUGUUAUCACCAGAUCUUCUCCAGAAGAUUAUCUUCAAGUUGGACAAAUUGCACAGAAACUUCAGGACAAGAAGGCUUAUAUCAACUUUGCCUUCCCGGCUAUUGACUCUCCAUGUGGUGAAGGAUGGAACACACCAAAUGUUGACUCACUUUACCAGAUCAUCAGUUAUUCUCAAGGAAACACUUUCACCAUGAAUGCGGUAGACUUGUCUAAGAACUUCCUCACCCAGUACAUUCCAACUCUCUAUUCUUCCGGAGGAAUCGCUGCUUCGAGUGGAAACUGCAACAAUGACGAAAUCAUCUUCCAAGUUGAACACGAGAUGUAUGAAUUUUCCAUUGAUUUCUACCAUCCACUCAUGGAGAACAUCAGGGUCUUUGACCCAUCUGGUGACGAACUGACUAAACCAGACAGUGUUAUUGCUUCUGACACCAACUAUAUCGGAGUUUUUCCUGUCAAUGAAACUGGAGCCACCCGUGCUGGAACAUACAGAAUCCUUUUGACAGGAACCGGAGGAAACAACUGUUUUGCCACAGUCCGUGGAAGAUCAAACCUUGAAAUUUUCCUUGGAUUUGUUGACUCUGCAGCUGAUAGCAACAACGGAGCUACUAUCGAUGCCGCUCAUCAUGCACCAAUCAAUCUUGAAAACAACACCAUCGUUGUUCACGCCAAUGGCCUCGGUCAAGGAAUCGUCAGAUACGUUCAAAUUGUUAUGCCUGGAUUCGGAUUGAUGCACACUACUGAAAUGAGAAGACGUGAUGCAGAAUGUAGUUAUGAGUGGUACGCCACAACUCCAUUCUCAUUUGACUAUGACAGCUACUAUGUUAUUGUCUACGGAAGCAGCGAGUUCGGAAGUAACUGGAAGAGAAACUUCUAUGUCAGCACCGUCGGUUCAAGGCCUCCACUCCCACCACCACCAGCAAGCUGUGAUCUCCAACAAGUGAAACAAGAUACACUUUUCCUUAUUGACAGUUCUCUCAAGGAUACCAACGUCACUUUCACAAUUUUGAAACAAUUUGCCGUGACUGCCAUGCAGCCCUACAACUACAUGAACGGAUUGGCUCAAGUCGCUUCAAUUCUUGUCUAUGGUCAGGCUCAAGGUGGAUUCUCCUUCAACGCUGGAGAGAACUCAUAUGACAGAGUGUCCGGUCUUUUGAACAAUUUGACUUACAUUGCUCAACCUGGUCAAAAUGUUACUGCAGGACUCCAAUACGCUUUGGACUACUAUGACAUGCCAUCUCAAGGAUACAGAACUGAUCCUGAUGUCAAACAUCUUUUGGUUUAUGUCACUAACACAAACCCCACCGAUGCUGAUCCAUCAGAGUUGAUUCGCACCAUGAAACGAUCUGGAUUGUAUGACGUUGUUGUUGUUGCUCUUGAUAUGCAACCUUCUGAGCAAUUGACCAAUAUGGUUAGCUCAAGAUGUUACUAUUAUGCUCAGGAUUACCAUGAUUUGAUGAAUUAUGGAGUGAACCUCGUUCAAGGACAAUCAUGCAUGCGUUUCAACUUCUGCAACUACUAA